AAGCCAAGCACGUGCUUCCUCUUCAUUUGGUGGAAGCCAGAACUCACAAACUUACUUUCCAGCCAAGCCACAAGUCACACACUCGCUUCUCUGGGCAUAGUUCUCUUCUCUUGUAUUCGCAAAACUUGCAGAACCCCAAAAUCUCAUUUUGUGCUCUGACUCUGUGAUUCCUUUUCUUUUGUCGUUUCUUUCACGAAAGUCUUGACCUUUGGUCGGUAAAUUUUUUUUUUGUAGCCGUUAAGGAUGAGGACCAAACAUAAAUGCCAAAGCAGUUGAAAAGUUCUUAGCUUUGAGCUCUCAAUCCCAAUAAAAAUCAACCGUUUCGUUUCAUUGGGUUAGUAAAUGCAGCUACUUCGUUCUUGAUUCUGGAAGAAAAGAUUGUAGAUUGACGAACCGGGUUCGGUUUCGGAUCCUGAACCGGAAAUGUCAACUGGGUAGAUCCGUUUAAUCAGCCUGAGUUCAACUAUGAAAAGGUUUUACCUUUUUCUUGUUUUGGUAUACAUUUCAACUUCUCCGUGUUACUCUCUUGUUACAAUCGAAGAAGAACGAGACAUUCUGCUUCAAUUCAAAGACAGUAUCACUGACGAUCCUUACAACAGCUUAGCCUCUUGGACCCUCGACGGAGACAUCUGCAAUAGCUUCAACGGAGUCACUUGUAACCCUGAAGGAUUCGUUGACAAGAUCGUUCUCUGGAACACAAGUCUCGCCGGAAGACUAUCUCCGAGAUUGUCCGGUUUAAACUCUAUUCGAGUUCUGACCUUGUUUGGCAACAGGUUUACAGGUAACCUACCGCUGGAUUACUCAAAGUUACAGACUUUGUGGACCAUUAACGUUAGCUCCAACGCGUUGUCCGGUUCGAUCCCUGAGUUCAUCGGUGGGUUAACUAGCUUAAGGUUUCUCGACUUGUCUAGAAACGGUUUCUCCGGUGAGAUUCCUACUUCUCUGUUUAGGUUCUGCGACAAGACCAAGUUCGUUUCUUUGUCUCGUAACAACCUCUCCGGACCAAUCCCUGGUUCAGUAGCGAACUGUAACAACCUCGUAGGGUUUGACUUCUCUUACAACAGUCUUAACGGAGUGCUACCGCCUGGGGUCUGUGAUAUUCCUGUGCUUGAGUAUAUCUCAGUGAGGAACAAUUUGCUCUCUGGUGAUGUCUCUGAGGAGGUGGUGAAGUGUCAGAGGCUGAGCCAUGUUGAUCUAGGGAGCAAUAUGUUCCAAGGGUCGGGGCCUUUUGAGGUUCUUGGGUUCGUGAACAUAACUUAUGUUAACGUCUCUUGGAACCGGUUCGGUGGGGAGAUUGGAGAGGUGGUUGGUUGUGGUCAGAGAUUGGAGUUUUUGGAUGCUUCUUAUAAUGAGUUAACCGGUGGGAUCUCUAGAGGUGUGACUGGUUGCAAAAGUCUCAAGCUUUUGGACUUGGAGUCUAAUAAGAUCAACGGGAGUAUCCCUGGAGGUAUUGGGAAGAUGGAGAAGCUCUCGGUUGUUAGAUUAGGUGGUAACUCUAUAGAUGGGGAGAUACCAAAGGAGAUUGGAAGCUUGGAGUAUCUACAGGUUUUGAAUCUGCAUGAUCUCAACUUAGUUGGUGAGGUUCCAGAGGAUGUCUCCAACUGCAGAUUACUUCUUGAACUAGAUGUUUCAGGGAAUGGUUUAGAAGGAGAGAUCCCUAAGAAGCUACUAAACUUAACAAACCUGGAGAUUCUUGACCUGCAUGGUAACCGCAUCAACGGAAGCAUUCCAUCUGAGCUUGGAAGCCUCUCCAGGAUCCAGUUUCUUGAUCUUUCGCUGAACUCUCUUUCAGGGUCAAUCCCUUCUUCCCUCGGUAGCUUGAAUAAGCUAACUCAUUUCAACGUCUCCCACAACAAUCUCUCCGGUGUUAUCCCUCCUGCUCCUGUAUUACAAGCUUUUGGAGCUUCUGCAUUUGAAAACAACCCUCUCCUUUGCGGUGAUCCUCUUGUAACCACUCCCUGCAACUCACGUGGAGCCACAGCAAAGGGCAGAAACUCUGAAGCUCUAAGCGUUUCGGUUAUCAUUGUCAUAGUUGCUGCAGCUGUGAUCCUCUUUGGCGUCUGUCUAGUCCUUGGUUUGAACCUCAGAGCUCGUAAAAGAAGAAAAGACGAAGAAGAAGAAGAAGUAGUCACACUCGAAACCACUCCUCUAGCCUCUUCAAUAGACUCAAGCGGCGGUGGUGUGAUAAUAGGCAAACUCGUUCUCUUCAGCAAGAACUUGCCUUCAAAGUACGAAGACUGGGAAGCUGGCACAAAAGCUCUCCUCGACAAGGACAAUAUAAUCGGUAUGGGAUCCAUUGGCUCAGUCUACAGAGCAUCAUUCGAAGGUGGAGUCUCCAUCGCAGUGAAGAAGCUUGACACGUUAGGAAGAAUCAGAAACCAAGAAGAGUUUGAGCAAGAGCUCGGACGCCUCGGAGGUUUGCAGCAUCAGAACCUCUCUUCUUACCAAGGCUACUACUUCUCCUCAACAAUGCAGCUGAUUCUCUCCGACUUCGUCCCCAACGGUAGCCUCUACGAUAAUCUCCACUCAAGAAUCUACCCUGGAGCUAGCACUAGCCACGGCAAUACUGACUUGAACUGGCACAUGAGGUUUGGGAUUGCGUUAGGAACCGCGAAAGCGCUUUCUUUCCUUCAUGAUGAUUGUAAACCAGCGGUUCUUCAUCUCAAUGUGAAGUCCACCAACAUUCUUCUAGAUGAAAAGUACGAAGCAAAGCUAUCAGAUUAUGGUUUAGAGAAGUUUCUCCCGGUUCUUGAUAGUUUCGGUAGUAGGACCAAGAAGUUUCAUAACGCGGUUGGGUACAUUGCUCCGGAGCUGGCUCAGCAGAGUUUGAAAGCGAGUGAGAAAUGCGAUGUGUAUAGCUACGGUGUGGUGCUUCUUGAGCUGGUUACAGGUAGAAAACCGGUUGAGUCUCCAUCAAGGAACCAAGUCUUGAUAUUGAGAGAUUACGUGAGGGAUAUGUUGGAGACCGGUUCGGCUUCUGAUUGUUUUGACAGGAGGUUGAGGGAGUUUGAAGAGAAUGAGCUGAUUCAGGUUAUGAAGUUAGGACUGCUUUGCACGUCGGAGAAUCCGUUGAAGAGACCGAGUAUGGCUGAGGUUGUGCAAGUUCUUGAAUCUAUCAGAAAUGGAUUUGGAUCAUGAUGAAAGCUUCUUUUAAAAAAAUUCUUUUGAGUAAAAAGAUUGCAUAGAAAAUGUGCAGGUUAGUGUUCAGAGAUUAGAAAAGGUUUAUUCUUUUGUUCACAAACUUUUUGAGAUUUUUUACAUGUUUCACAACCUUUUCUUGAUACGUUUAUAAAAACAAAGCACAGCACAAGUUACCG